GCAGAAGUGUCACCCUUCCGUUUUCUCCAGAGAUGCUGCCUGACCCGCUGAGUUAAUCCAACACUUUGUGUCUAUCUUUGGUAUAAACCAACACGGUGACACAGCGGUAAAGUUGCUGUGUUACAGCACCAUGGACCCGGGUUCGAUCUUGGCUCCAGAUGCUUGUCUUCACAGAGUUUGUACAUUCUCCCCAUGACCUCGUGGGGACUUUGGUUUCAUCCCACACUCCAAACACGUAGGUUAAUUGGCUUGGUAUAAAUGUAAAAAUUCAUUCAAUAUUAUCCGCCGUGUAGGAUAGUGUUACUGAAAGUGGAUCGCUGGUUGGUACGGACUCGGGCCGAAAUGCCUUUUUCCAGGCUGUAUCUCUGAACUAAACUAGCAAUUCCUUGUUUCUACUUGCUUUGAAAAUGUUCAUUUGAUUUUGGUCGUCAAUAAGCACACUUUUAGUUAAAAGAUGUUUAAAUAUUCUUCAUGCCCUUCCACCAUUGCAUGCCUAGAUGCAUUGGUUUGCAGUGAUUUUUUCAAGGCACAGUUGUAAGGAAAGCAUCAUAUAUGUCCAUGCAUUAAGAGUUGCAACAAUCCAACCUCUCUGGUCGGGAUCAAAGAUAAUCUUUGGUCGGGUUACGUGUGGCGCAUGCGCGCGGGCGUUGCGGACGCGGGAGAAGCAGGGUCGAUGCUGGCGACGCGGGAGGGUGAGGGUGAGGGUGAUGACGGGCGGCAGCAGCUCCGGCAAUGGGAGAGCCAGCAGGUGGAACUGAAAAAGCAGAUGGUUGACCACAAUACCGAGGACUGGCAGAGCAAUGAAGACUUUGCAGGGUUGGAGCGGGUCGGAGGGGUGGAUUUAUCCUUCAUCAAAGAAGAUGAGGUCAAUGCUUGUGCUUCAUUAGUGGUUCUCAGUUAUCCUGAUCUUGAGGUAAUCUAUGAGGAAUGCCGGAUGGUUUGUCUCAAUGCCCCUUAUGUCUCAGGCUUUUUGGCUUUCCGGGAGGCACCCUUCCUGGAAGAAGCUGUGAGAAGACUUCAACACAAAGACCCGAGUCUUCUCCCUCAGGUCAUUUUGGUAGAUGGAAAUGGGAUGUUGCAUCACCGAGAAUUUGGCGUUGCCUGCCACUUGGGUGUCCUCACAGAUUUGCCCUGCAUUGGGGUAGCCAAGAACCUCCUGCACGUGGAUGGGCUGGAAGAAAAGCACCUGCUGAAAGAAAAGAUCAAAGACCUUCAUGAAGGAGGAAAUGCUUUCACACUAACUGGAACCUCCGGGAAGGUUUUGGGCAUGGCUCUUAAAAGCUGUGAGAAAAGCACAAAACCAAUUUACGUGUCCGUGGGCCAUAGGAUUAGUCUGGACACUGCCACGCGGCUGACCCAUUCCUGCUGUAAAUACAGAGUACCAGAGCCGAUUAGACAGGCCGACAUAAGGUCCAGAGAAUACAUUCGUAGAAAUGCUAACACAUCCUGACAGUGGGAGACAUGGUGGUCAGAAGUUAAUCUUGCAAGAAAAAAGGACUUUCUCCCAAAAGUCUGUCACUUCUACCUCUGGAACUGGUUGCUUGGAAUAUGCAAGGGAAUGAAAACCAUUAGUUUUCCAGUAAUGAUGACCAUGUGAUUUUCCUUGGAUUUUGCACACACUGGUUUGGGUCAGAAACCAUCUGGACCGAAAUUCACAGGUUAUACUUCUGAUUCUUAAUGGACUACAAACUCUGAAACUCCGUACAUAUCUCUAUCUCAGUUGUGUCUCCGUCACAAGAAGCAAAUGGCUGAUUCACCAGCAACCCUUGAUCAGAAUUGCAUUCUCUUUUUCCACUGCCAACACCAAAUUGGUAAUAUUCUUCCUUUUUAUUAAUUGAAAUGUAACAGUCUAUGUAUAUAUUUUAAUAUAAUCUUCUUUCUAAAUGCAUAUUGAAUGUAGGGUAGAUGGCACAGUGGUAGAGUUGCUGCCUUACAGCGCCAUAGACCCGGAUUUGAUCCUCACCACGGGUGCUGUCUGUACAGAGUUUGAACGUUCUCGCCGUAACUGCAUGGGUUUUCCCCGUGUGCUUCGGUUUCCUCCCACACUCCACAGAUGUACAGGUUUGUAGGUUAAUUUGGCUUUGGUAAAAAUCGUAAAUUGUCCCUAGUGUGUAGGACAGUGCUAGUGUAUGGGGAUCGGCGCGGGUUCAGAGGGCCGAAGGGCCUGUCUCUGUGCUGUAUCUCUAAACUAAACUACAAAAAAACAAGGCUACUACUGUAGUUGCAGGACCAUAGAAUGGUGCAAAUAAUACCGGUCGGCGAUGGCCUUAUUCAUGAUAGGACAGGCUCAAGGGGCAGAAUGGCCUACUCCUAAUUGAUGCAUGCUGCAGAUAACUAAAGUUGAAUGUGCAACCCUGCCCUGGAAAUGAACCAAAUAACUUCCUGGGCCUAUCCAUAUAUAAUGUAGAACAUCUCUUAAACUAACAAUCAUCCGAAUCCACUAAAUAUUUCUGCAGGAACAACAUUAAUUGUAAAAUUUACCUCACCAUCCCUGCUAGUGAAAGUGUUCAUCUUUGCAUAACUGCCGUUUCUCGACGGUAAUUGAUUUAAAUCGUGCGUUAGGCUCACAGAACUCUGAUGAUCGGAGCCAGGAAUAGCACAGUGGUGAGGAGAAAUGAUCCAAAGCUAAAUCCAUGCAUUGCAGGUGCUGGUUUAAACCGAAGGUAGACACAAAAUGCUGGAGUAACUCAGCGGGACAGGCAGCAUCUCUGGAGAGAAGGAAUGGGUGAAGAAGUGUCUCGACCCAAAACAUCACCCAUUCCUUCUCUCCAGAGAUGCUGUCUGUCCCAGCUGAAUUACUCCAGCAGUUUGUGUCUACCUUCAGCCCUAUCAGCUCCCUGGUAACCACUGCUUUAGGUCGCUAUAGUAUUCUGAGGGAACCAUUUAAUCUCAGACCUUAGACACACGUUGGAAAUUGCAGCUACUUAUAUUAUGCAAACUCCGCCAUUACUUUAUUGCUUUCUAAUCUUCCCAGUGUGUAAACAUUCUCCAUUUAAUGUAGUUUUCCGAAAUAAAGGGUAUUUCUGUGUAAUAAUAUGCGGGUUAUUUACACUAAUAAGGCAAACCCCCACCAGCAAAUGAAUAAUUUAGCAUUAAUUCACUUGGGAAGGCAGAAAUUGCUGCAGCAUUAUAAAAUAGUUUUUCUUUCUUGGAUUGGGGGCAAUAACUUACUGCUAAUCAUUUUCAAUAUCAACUGGAACUCACAAGAGUUUCCAGUACAUUGCUAACAUUUACUUAAUGUUCUGAAGAUACACUUGCUCACGAUAAUUUUGAGAAGGUGAGCUGGUGCUGGACGGGGUCCAGAGGAGCUUUAACCCAGCAGGUCAGACAGCAUCUAUUGAGGGAAUGGAUAGGCGAUGUUUCAAAUCGGGAGCCUUGCCUUGCGUUUGUUAAUCACCCAAUCCCAAAAAGUUAAUUUGAAAGCCAAAUCGGUAGAAAGGAAGGCAAACUCAAGAGGAUUAUUAUACAAAAACAGGGAUGUAAUGCUGAGGCUCUUCAACACGCUGGUCAGGCCGCAUUUGGAGUCUUGUGAGCAAUUUUGGGCCCCAUAUCUGAGAAAGAAUCUGCUGGCUUUUGGGAGGGUCCAGAGGAGGUCCACAAGAAUGAUCCCGGGAGGGAGUAGUUGAGCCUAGGAUAAGUUUUUGUCAGCACUGGGCCUCUCCUGGGGUAGAGUAUGAGGGGGGACCUCAUUGAAACAUACCGAAUAGUGAAAGGUCUGGAUAGAGUGGAUGUGGAGAGGAUGUUUCCACUAGUGGUAGAGUCUAGGACCAGAGGUCAUAGCCUCAAUUAAAGGGUGUUCCUUUAGUAAGGAGAUUAGGAGGAAUUUCUUUAGUCAGAGGGUGGUGCAUCUGUGGAAUUCGUUGCCCCAGAAGGCUGUGGAGGCAAUAGACAAAAGACAAUGGAUAUUUUUAAGGCAGAGAUAGACAGAUAGAUGCUUGAUUAAUGCGGGCGUCAGGGGUUAAGAAGAGAAGGCAGGAGAAUGCGGUUGAGAGGGAGCAAUAGAUCAGCCGUGAUUGAAUGGCAGUUGAUGGGACGAAUGGCCUAAUUCUGCUCCUAUCACUUAUGAAGGGAUUUGUCAUUUGAAGGAAAGCAAAGGCCUUAUUUGGAGAAGACAAAUUAUUUUUCCUGUUACUUUAGCCCCACUUGUUAUUAAUAAGUGCUCUCACAGAAGCAGUCCAUAAUAGUGAAGGGAUGCUUUCUGCAUGAUGUUUUGCUGAAGUAGGUUGCAGCAAUUCUAAUCUAAAUGGCUUCUGGGUGAGAUAUAGACGGAUCUGCAGCUGCCUGUUCUUCCGAACAUUUUGUGGUGGAGACUACCUAAAUCUUCCACCAUCACGUAAUUAAAACUGCCGAACAUUCAAGUGUCUGACUAAUUUUACGUCAAAUAAUCUGCUCUGGUGUUAUAAAGUAGGUCAUAAACAUACUAUAGCUGAGUUAUGCCAGCAAGAAUUUUGCAACCAGUAAUAUUAAAAACAGUCCGUUUUAUACUGCACUUAUACUGCACUUCUUUCAUAAUAAAAGCGCAAAAGCACAUUUCACCGUGUUAUAGGAGAGAUGUUGUCAAACUGGAACGGGUACAGGGAAGAUUUGCAAGGAUGUUGGCAGGACUAGGGGGUCUGAGCUAUAGGGAGAUGUUGAGUCGGCUGGGACUCUAUACCCUGGAGCGCAGGAGGAUGAAGGGUGAUCUUAUAAAGGUGUAUAAUCCAAGAUGGCGGAUGUGCAGGAGUGGGCGCCGUCUGUGUAUGACAGCCUGCCCGCAGUCCGUCUCUUCACUUUUUUUUUUUUACUAUAAAAUCAUGAGAGAAAUAGAUCGGGUAGAUGCGCAGGAUCUCUUGCCCAGAGUAGGUGAAUCGAGGACCAGAGGACAUAGGUUUGAGGUGAAGUGGAAAAGAUUUUAAAUGAAUCUGAGGGGUAACGUUUUCACACAAAGGGUCAUGGGUGUAUGGAACAAGCUGCCAGAGGAGGUAGUUGAGGCUGGGACUAUCCCAACGUUUAAGAUACAGUUAGACAUGGAUAGGACAGGUUUGGAGAGAUAUGGACCAAACGCAGGCAGGUAGGACUAGUGUAGCUGGGACAUGUUGGCCGAUGUGGGCAAGUUGGGCCGAAGGGCCUGUUUCCUCACUGUAUCACUUUUGGACUCACUAUGAUGCUAAAGAACAUCCUCUAGGUCUGAAGAAGGGUUUCGACCCGAAACAUUGCCUAUUUCCUUUCCCCAUAGAUGCUGCUGCACCCGCUGAGCUUCUCCAGCUUUUUUGUGUACCUUCGAUUUUCCAGCAUCUGCAGUUCCUCUUGAACACAAUCCUCUAGGUCUCUCCCUUCCUGAGUACUUAAUGAGAAAUGAGCAGGCGAAUAGGUUUGUAAUUGCAUACAUUUGUAAAGACAUUAGAGGUUGGUUAUUAUGAGUUUCUGAUUUGGAGUUUAUAGCACAGGGCGGGAACAGGUCCUUCGUCCCACAAUGUCUGUGCCAAACAUGAUGCCAAAUUAAACUAAUCUCUUCUGCCAGCACGUGAUCCAGAUCUCUCCAUUCCUUGCAUAUCAUAAGAUCACAGGUGCUAGGAGCAGAAUUAGGCCAUUCGGCCCAUCGUCGGCCCAUCUGCCAUACAAUCAUGGCUGUUCUAUCUCUCCCUCAUAACCCCAUUCUCCUGCCUUUUCCCCAUAACCUCUGACACCCGUACUAAUCAAGAAUUUAUCUAUCUCUGCCUUAAAUAUAUCCACUGACUUGGCCUCCACAGCCUAAUGCGACAAAGAAUUUCCAUGUGCCGAUCCAAAAGUCUCUUAAAAGCCACAUCUACCUCCCUCAACGCCCCUGGCAGCGCAUUCCAGGCACCCACAACUCUUUUGCCUCACACUUCUUCUUUAAACCUUCCCCCUCUGAUUUUAAAGCUUUGCUCUCUAGUCUUUGACAUCUCCAAGCUGGGAAAAAGUUGUACAUUCUCUAUUCCUCUCGUAAUUUUAUGCACUUCUGCCAAGACUGCCCUCGACCUCUGAUGGGGGGGGAACGUACAAACUCUGCACAGACAGCGCCCGUAGUCAGAAUCGAACCCGGGUAUCGGGUGCAGUGAGGCAGUAACUCUACCGCUGUGCCACCGUGCCGCCCAGUUUUAUGAGGAAAAUUUCCAAAAUGGCGAUCGACGAUCGGUGAUAAAGGAAAUUGAUAUUUUUAUAAAGCUUGACCAAAGUGGACAGCAAAUUCACAGAAUGACUGAAUAAAAAAAAUUUUGGGGGAUGACAAUCAGUGUUCAGGAAGCUUUGAGAGGAGGUUUAAUUAGCGUUGAAGUGUGCUCAACAUUGUGGGAUGCAGCUUUAACAAAAAUAAUCUCUCCGUUGUUUUAUUUGCUUUGUGAAGAUUGUGUAUGUGCGCAGAUUCACAGUCAAAUCUACAUCAUGUCACUGGAUAUCCUUUUUUAUUUCAAUUGAGCAGCUCCUCCGCGUUAUGAUGAGUCUUUGGCACAAGGGUGGGAGGGGGAUGAAAGUGCUUGCUCCUUUUCAGUUUAAAACAUCUGCCUGGCUCUCGCUCCAGUUUAAACUAGCAUGUGCAGCUCCUUCCUCCAUCCUCUCAUGGCCGUGACAGAUACUGCUUGACGGUGCCAUUCACCCACCCCACGUCACGUCCAUGAAACCUUCGUCACCGCUCUGAUGUCGGAGAAAAUCCUAACGGGCCUGUUUUCCAACCACUGUGUUUGAUCUGGCAGACUUUGAUCCACAACAGAAUCCACGCUCGUAGGGACUUGCUCAAUCAUUUCUUUCAAAUAUAUAUAUAUUUUUAGAUGACUCAUGAAGAUUUUGCUGUUGGCCUGAAUUAUUGAUAAGAAAUCAAUUAAACAUGAAUUGAGGUUUUUUUUUUAUCACUGUAAAUGGGGUAAGGAGAGGACAAUAGACAAUAGGUGCAGGGGGAAAAGAUUUAAUAGGAACCUGAGGGGUAACUUCUUCACACAAAGGGUGGUGGGUGUAUGGAACGAGCUGCCGGAAGGGGUCGUUGAGGCAGCGACUGUCAUAACGUUUAGGAAACAUUUGGACAGGUAGGCCAGGUUUAGAGGUAUAUGGGCCAAACAUAGACAGGUUGGACUAGUGUAGAUGGGACAUGUUGGGCGGCGUGGGCAAGUUGGGCUGAAGGCCCAUUUUCCAUGCUCUAUGACUCAAUGACUCUCAUCUUAAAUUUAUGCCCUGUGAGGAAAUGUUCUGAUUGUCCCCCCCAUCUAUGCCUGAAAGAGAGAGUAGCUGUUAUUUGACGUGAAGAAACUCUCUCUCUCUCUCUGUCUCUGUCUCUCUCUCUGUGUCUCUCUCUCUCUGUGUGUCUCUCUCUCUGUGUGUCUCUCAUCUCUGUCUCUCUCUCUCUUUCCCUCCCUUUCUCUCUAGCUCACACACAUAUUAAUGUUGAAUACAAAUCUUCAGCUGGUCACCACUAAAGUACUGAUCAGACCCACCAUUUCUGGGAUGAGCCAUUUCCCAUAGGGCGUUAGAUUUUUAAAGCAAGUUAUGAGUUAAAACUUUGGGAAGUCAGCAUACCAAAAACUGUAAUACCAAAUGCAAUGGAUUUUAUUUUUCAUAUUUAAUGCCUCGUGUACAAACCGAAUGGUGAAGUGCUCUUUCUUUUUAAAAUGCCAACAGAAAUGUCAAGGUUUGUGGCUGAAAUAUCACAAAGGCAUCAGAAAGUAAAACGUGCCCACUGUCGAAAGGGAUCAUCCCUGCUGCACUUUUGUGGGAUUGAGGGAUAGUUUAGAAAUCCAGACUCUGAGUACAUUAACAAAACCAAAUGAAAGCAGUAGUCAUCGAUGGUCAUGGAGUCAGUCAUACAGCACAGAAACAGGCCUUUCGGCCCGAUAUGCUCAUGCUGACCAAGAUGUUCCAUCUAAGCUGGUACUAUUUGCAUGCAUUUGGCCCAUAUCCAUCUGAGCCUUUCCUAACCAUGUACCUGUCCAAAUGUCAUUUUAUUAUUGUCAUAGUCAUAUAGUGUGGAAAACAGCCCCUUCGGCCCAACUUGUUCAUGCUGCCCCAUCUACACUAGUCCCACUACCUGCGUUGGGCCCACACCCCUCUGAACCUAUCCUGUCCACGUACCUGUCUAAAUGAUUCUUGAAUGUUAUGAUAAUAUCUGCCUCAACCACCUCCUCUGACAGCUCAUGGAGGAAGGAACUGCAGAUGCUGGUUUAAAACAAAGAUAGACACAAAAUGCUGGAGUAGCUCAGCGGGACAGGCAGUUUUUGAGACCCGAAACGUCGCCUAUUCCUUCUCUCCAGAGUUGCUGCCCGUCCCUCUGAGUUACUCCUGCACUCGCUGCCUAACCUCUGACAGCUCAUUCCAUACACCCACCACCCUCAGUGCUCCCCCUCAGGUUCCUAUUAAAAUUUUCCCCUCUCACCUAAAACCAACAUCAUCUGGUUCUUGAUUCCCCUACUCUGGGAAAAAGACUCUGUGAAUCCACCCUGUCUACCCCCUCAUGAUUUUAUGCACCUCUAUAAGAUCACCCAUCAGCCUCCUGCGCUCCAUCGAAUAAUGUCCUAGAUUGCCCAACCUCUCCCUACAGCUCAGGCACUGGCAACAUAAUCGUAAAUCUUCCUUGCACUCUCUCCAGCUUAACGACAUUCUUCCUACAGCAGGGUGACCAACACUGAACACAAUUCUCCAAAUGCAGCCUCACUAACGUCUCGUAACAUAAAGUAGUUCAGAUAUCAUCGCUUUCAAGUAGUUAUGGCCACUUUCGGGCUUUUGGCCAAAGUUGCAGUGAAGCAGUGAUCUUCAGUCAUCAAGACUGCGCUGUUUCAGCAUGUAAUAUCAUGCCAAGUUCAAUAUUUCAUGCUGCCUGUCAGAUGUAAUGCUUUAAGCAUUAAUAUUUAAGUCCUUUUUGGAUUGGAAAAAUAACAGCAUAUGUUCAACUGAAAUGAAAUAAAGUUGUUUUCUUUAUAACUCUGCAUUUUUUUCAUCAAAGUUAUAAGUACCUUUGUGCUAGUCCUCAAGAUCCAAGUCCAACUAGGAAGGGAUGGGGGAUGAUGAAUAGCCUGCUAAACCAUCUGGUUUGUGCCAAAAAGAAGUCAUUUCAAGGACAGAAAUUUCUUACAGUGUAUAAACCGAAUCUCAAAUCGGUAUAAAGUACUAAUAGGACCUUAAUGGGCCUGUCCCACUUACGCAACUUUUACGGCCACUGCCGGCACCCUGUCAUAGGUUGUUGCAGGUCGCCGAAAAUUUUCAACAUGUUGAAAAUCCAGCGGCGACCAGAACAAGGUACGACUCUUUGGGCGACUACUCACAUGAGUAGUCGCCCAAAUAGUCGUACCUUGUUCUGGUCGCCCGGGGUGUCGCCUGUAUGGUCGUGAGUCGUCUCCUCAGUCGCCCAAAGAGCGUAGCGCCUUUCUGGUCGUCGCUGAAUUUUCAACAUGUUGAGAAUUUUCGGCAUAAAUGGUAUCAGGACCUGGUAACGGGAGGUAAAACAACAAAAACAGACUUGGUUGGUAGUCCCCUUUCUGCGGAGUUUAAUGUUAUAAUAGAGUGAUUGUUCCUAUUUUCAUUUUCUUUCUUUUCUAGGGUCUACUUUCUCACUUUACUUCCUUGUCGAACUUCUUUUCUAAGGGGCUUUCUUUUCCCAACACUCUUGCACUUCACGACUCUUGCGCACUUUCUUUACUUUCUUUACUUCUAUCUUUUUCUUAAAGCUCAAAAAAAAUGAAGCGGUACAAAAAAUGUAUUAAGAUAUAUGUGUUGUGUAGUAUUGUAAUUUACCGUACUUCUAAUAAAAAUAAAAUUUAA